AUACUGUGUUGCGUAUGUUGGCAUCAUCCAAUCUCGGUGCUGUGAGGGGUAUCGUUCGGCUGCUCUCUACGGCUGCUAGCGCUACUCCUCGUCGCAUAGGGGGGCCGGAGGAACCCUUGCCGUGGACUCUCCCCACCGACACGGAGGAGGGGCUCACGGUACAGAGGCAGGCCACAGGGAUACGGGCCACCAUACACAAGGGGGAUGCACAUCUUUCCAUGUUUGCUACUGCUAGGACAGUGGGGAAGAUCAUGGGGAGCGAAGACCCAAGGAUGGUCAAAUUAACAACGGAAAUAGACGCUCUGGAGGCUGAGGUGCGACCGAGUGACGAGGAGCACAAGGCUAGGGACAGCUUUCUUGCGGCCUUGCAAACGACGGUUUCCAAAAUGGUAGAUGGCGAUAUUAGGGUCCACGCCUUUGGGUCGGCCAUCAAUGGUUUCUGGACGCCCCAUUCUGAUGUGGAUGUCUGCAUACAAGUACCAGGGCACCAGACCAGGGCCGAGCAGAUAGUGCUUCUCCGGAAGCUUGCUACAUCCCUUGCAAGAGUAACCACUCAUUUCGUCGAGCCGAGAUUCUCUGCCCGGAUACCUAUCAUUCAUUGGGCGCCGAAGGUCCCGGGUUCGAUGCUCGCAACCGACAUUUCUGUCAACAACACUCUAGCGGUAGUGAACUCCAGGCUCAUCGGUGCUUACAUGGAGAUAGACCCUCGUUUGAGGCCCCUAGGGAUUGCCGUCAAGUACUGGUGUAAGGCGCGUGGUAUCAACGAUAGGUCAAGGGGCACUUUGUCGUCCUUCUCCUUGAUACUAAUGAUGAUACACUUCCUGCAGAGACGACCAGCUCCUGUGUUGCCCAGUUUACAGGACUUGGCACUACAGCACAACAUGCCUCCUCUCUAUGUCCAGGGGGUCGACUGCCGUUUCGCGACUGAUCCGAAAAUGAUAGCUGAGGACUUGGACUACCAAUGCAAGGAGAACGGUGGUCGUAACACUGAGAGUGUGGGCUUCCUCUUGCAUGAAUUCUUCCGAUACUACGGGUAUAUGUAUAAGUUUGGCAAUAUCGCCAUAAGAGAUGUGGUGGCAGCGACAGGCGCCCAGCCUAAAGUCGCCUCUCCUAGUGCGGGUGUAUACCUCUUCGUAGACAAUCCCUUCGAGGUCGGCAAGGACGUUGCUAAUGUUCUACCCAAUCAGCAUACACGGCUUCGACAAGAGUUCCGACGAGCCCAGCAGAUGCUUGCUAAGGGCGUCUCGUUCUUCGAGAUGUGUCAGCAGACGACGUUGGAGGCUGCCAAGGCAGGUGAUGCUGCUGUUGUUGCGGGCAAGUAGAGAAACUGUAGCAUGC